AUGACCUUCGCCACGCUCCGGCGCGCGCCCGGCGCCCUGCUCCUUUUCCUGGUCUUGGCCAGCAUGCUUGCCCUGGCCACCGACCAGACGCCCAGCAUCACCAGCCACCGGUGCGAUGCCCCCGAUGAGGGCUGGUACCUCCAUUGGUCACAAGUAUGUGCGGAACACUCCGGCGCCGGCAUGUGA